AUGGAUUUUGUUCCAGAUGACAUAUUGAAAGAGUUUCCUCAAGAAAACGAAAGGCACCUCAUAGAUACCAAAACAAGGGUGAAGUUUGGGAACAGCAUUUCAGCUGAAAAAAUUCCACGGUCUAAAAAGGUGACAUGGACUAAAACUGAGGGAUCAAAUGAAAUCGCAUUGAAAUCCGAGACUUCAUUCAGGAGCAUUAUUGCUUCUAAGCAAAGGUCUCACACAAACGAUAGGAGUUAUGUUGUAUAUUUGUCUAAAAAACUCGCCGAUAUCGUUCAGAAUUCUCAUAUAGGAGAACUUUCACCUGUUGAAAGUGCAGAGCAACUUCAGAAGUUUAAAGAAGCUAGUCACAUGGCAUUAAAGAGUAUUCAAAACAUUUUCCGAGAGGCAAUAACUCAGAUACGCCCUGAAGAAAGUCAUCGCAGGGCAUUGCUUCUUAGCCUGUCAGAUAGGUACGAAAAUAUUUUCAAUAACUUAAUUGAUACUUGUGAGAAUCUAUAUUCAGCUGUGAUCUCUGGUAGAAAAGAUCUUUGCAUGAUAAACGUAGAGGGUCUGCGUAACAAAAAGAAAUUGGAGGACUGUUUGAAGUGUCUCACUGACGCGAGUUUAGGCAAUGAAAAACUUCAAUCAUCUAUCAAAAAUCUGAAUUUAGAGAUAAUGCAAGCUAUUUCAUCUACAAAGGCAAAUGAAGAAGAAGUAACUGAGAGUGAUCAAAGAGUACUUGCAGAAGAAAGUUGUCAUUGCUUUAAUAUGGCUCUUAACUUAAUAAAAUUGUUUUGUGAUAGAAACAUGGUGACUAUUAUAGAUCAUCUCCAAAUGUCCAAAGAUAAGUGGUUAACUAUGUAUGAUCGAUCAUUUCUGUUGAUGAGAAAAUUAAUAACACAAUUAUUUGAAACAUUGGCAGCGUGUUCAGAAGGGAUUAUGCGCUUUUCUGAAUGUCUGGAAUACUUAUUUAUGUCAUCUAAGUAUCAUUUGGAUGACUUGUUGAAAAAAACUGAAAAAUUAGAAAUUUAUCUACAUCCAACGUUUGAGGAUAACGUAAAAAAUAGAAGUCCAGAAUAUACAACGCGUGCUACCAUUCUACUGACUGAUAUUCUAGAAACAGCGCAAAAAUUGUUAAACAAAAUAGAUAAAUUGUGGACAAUGAAAAAAUGUGAAUUAAUUAAUCAAAUUGGUUUGAAUACAUGCCAAUAUGAUAGAACUGAUAUAAAUGAAAUAAAAAAUAAUGAUGAAACUAUUAAAGAUAAUGAUGAAAAUUUUAAACAAAAUCAAACAAUAAAUAAUAAGAUAUUUAAACAUGGAACUUUUAUUUCAACUUUAAGAUUAAAUUGUAGUUCACAAAAUAUUGCACAACCAAAAUUUUAUAAACAACUUUUUAAAAUAUUAAAAUCUGAAAUAAAUUUAUCUGAUUUAAAAUUACUACUUAAAUCAGCAACAGAUGAAUUUCAUGAAUUAUUUGUAUUUAUGAAAGAAAAUUUAAAUGAUCAACAAUCAUCAGGAUUAUUUAAUUGGUUGAAUUUAACAAAUAAUAUCAAUGAUUUAGAAGAUGUACUUUGUAGAUUAUCAAGUAUACUGACUAUUCAAGAACGUAAUUUAAUCAAACUAAUCGAUUUAAAUGACUUAGGCAUAUCAACUUUUGUUCAUAUGAUUGAAAAACUUAAGAUAAUUUAA